AUUGUCCCUCUCCCCCACUCCAGCUCCGUGGGCUCCAUACAGGCCGACGGCGUGGACCUCGUCAACAAAAGUCAGAGCGCCGUAUUGGUGAGCAACAUCACACAGCUCCUCUAAAGGACAGAUAGCACCUGAAAACACAAGAUGGCGUGUGCCAAUCAGUGAUCAAUUCCGUCAGUGACCAGCAGAGGGCGCUUUCCUGCAGGUCUGGUUUGACCCCGCCCCCACCCCACCCCCGGAGGAAGCAUUAAUGAGCACUGUGCAGAGCUCCGAUUUGCAGCCUACCUCCAUCCAUCCCAUCCACACGCAGCUGCUCAGCAUCCACCCAUCCAUCCAUCCAUCCAUCCCAGGCAAGGUGCACCAGAGCGAGCUUCAGCGGCAGGAUGCUGGCUUGUACGGAGAUCAUCACCAUGUGUCUGCAGUCAGCCAAGCGGCAGCAUCUCAUCAAGCAGCAGCAGGAGGAGUGUGACAACAGCCAUAACCACACGGCGCCCCUUUUUCACGAUAUAUUCCGACGUGCGGACAAAAAUGAUGAUGGGAAGCUCUCUUUGGAGGAGUUCCAGUCAUACUUCAGCGACGGCGUCCUUGCAGAUGAGCAGAUGCAGGAGCUUUAUUAUUCAAUCGACAGGCAACACACAGACAACAUGGACAUCGACAAACUCUCAGAGUACUUCAGCCCACAUGUGGGGGAGUAUGUCAGCGUCUUGUCUGCUCUGGAAAAGCUGAAUGUGGCUAUUUUAAAGGCCAUGGAUAAAACUAAAAAGGAGUAUCAGGGCUCCUCAGUACUGGGUCAGUUUGUGACCCGCUUCUUACUGAGGGAGACCUCCACCCAGCUGCAAUCCCUGCAGUCAUCACUCGACUGUGCAAUGGAGGCCGUGCAUGACCAAGGCUGCCCUGGCAGGACAACAGCAAAGAAGCCCGAGGACCUGCCCAUCCAGAGGGUGACCAAACGUCCGGGACGACGCAUCCAGAAAAACAUGUGUCUCUCCCCGACUGACCCUUUCUCUGGCAUGCUGACCACAGGGGUCAGUGUGGAAUCAGACUACCAUUGGGGCUCCCAGGUUGACCAAUUGGAGCAACUUUUAGACAAACUGGACUGUGAGAGUCCGCAUCUGGAGCCGCUUAAAGAAGACACGCUGGCAGGGACGUAUAAAUCGAACAUUCUUCUGGUCCAAAGACAAAUGUCAGUGAAGGAGCGAGACACAGAGAACUUCCAACAAGCUCUGAAGAUCUAUACGGAGGCCGCCAGUGGGCAACUCAACAACCUGCACAUUUCAGUCCAGAACCUACCAGACAGAUGGUGCUUCAUCAUGUAUGAAUUUUGGCAGGAUCGUCUUUCCUGGAUGAGCUUCCAGCAGUCAACCAUCAAUAAGACGUUCCAGCGCUGCAUCAUCGACUCACUGGAGGAGCCAGAGAUUGUCUCCACGAUGCUCCUCCCAGCUUCCUGGUGGAUUAUGAACAACAACUGACAAAGUAAAGCUACUUUGGAUCAGCACAAAUAAGAAAAAAGGGGAUGACUUUAUAUAUAUAUAGUUUUCGUUUUCUUCAAGGCAUGUUGGCCACAAUGUUUGUUGCAAAACUGUGCUUCAUGGAAUAACAAAGACAAUUAAUUUAAAGCGAUGAAAGCAAGAUUGAAUGGAAAGUCAUGCAAUACUUCAUUGAGCGAUCAGCGUAUAUGAUAAUAUUGAUGGGGCACCCUUUGUACUCUUGAUUUAUUGGAAGCACAAAACGUUGACAAAAAAGAUGCAUGAUUUAAGAUGUGCAAGAUUCUCAUCGUACAUAAUUCAGAAAAAAAACAUUCAACUUGACAUUCCACUCAAUCACUUUUUUUAGUACAGACAACUAAAUAAUAAUAAUGAGUCCCCUUAAUUUCCUUUUGUCCCCUUGGUGAUGUUGUGUGCUGUUGCUAGCUAGCCUCUUUCUGCUGGUGGAUGAAAAUGUCAUCUGAUUUAGACAAAAAAAAGAUCUUCUGUGUCACUCUUGCACUUUAGAAAAAACAUGGACGUGAAUCAUUCGAAAGGCAGAUUUCACGUAAAUUGUAAAUGUAUUUUCAAUUUAAAUGUAGUAUCAUGAGCCGACAAUAACCACUUAAUAACCAAAUAACACAACUCAAAUCCCAGUAUUAUAACCAGGAGACGUUCAAGUAGACAUUCACAUUUUGGAAGCAGAAAGUGUUUUUUUUGUAAUGACACUAGAGAAUACAAGUCUACUAUGUACAGUGAUCGAUGAAAGUAGAUUAAGACAAUUCCAUGUUGGUUGCUACUUCUUGAAUGUGCAAUGUGUUCUAUGUGAUCAAUGUGAUCUAUAAAUCAUAGAUAAAAAAAAGUAACACACAGACCGUUCGCUCUUUUUUCCCUCUCUCUUAUUUUGUCAAGAAUGUGAAAUAGUUCUGUGGAUGUUUUGUUUCUGGAAUGCAAUAAAGGUAAUGAU